AUGGCCAAGCCCCGGCCACGCACCAGCCUGAGGGUCCCAGGGCCAGGCCAGCCCCCGCAGGAGGGUGAAAAAGAGAUUAAGUCUCUGACUUCCGAGAUCGACCGGUUGAAAAACGGCGACUAUUUAGAAACAACUGUAAAUUUGGAGAAAUUGCAAGAAGAAAACCUAAAACUAAAGUAUCGGCUGAAUAUACUCCAAAAGGUGAGUGCUCCAAAACUGAUCCACAGCUUCAUUAAUGUCCACCUCAGAAAAGACUUUGUGUCAGAGCGGUUGUCCCAUCUUCUAGUGAACGGGGUUCACCUGCCUGCCCUGGGGAAGAAUAAAAAGGUUGUGGUUGACUUCUCCUCUCCCAACAUAGCCAAGGAGAUGCACGUGGGCCACCUGAGGUCCACCAUCAUCGGGGAGAGCGUGGCCCGCCUCUUUGAGUUUGCGGGCUACGACGUGCUGAGGUUGAACCACGUGGGAGACUGGGGGACCCAGUUUGGCAUGCUCAUCGCCCACCUGCAGGAUAAGUUCCCAGACUACCUCACAGUGUCGCCUCCCAUUGGAGAUCUCCAGGCCUUCUACAAGGAGUCUAAGAAGAGGUUUGAUAGUGAAGAAGACUUUAAGAAGCGCGCGUACCAGUGUGUGGUUCUGCUGCAGAGUAAAAACCCGGACAUAAUUAAAGCCUGGAGCCUCAUCUGUGACGUGUCCCGUGCGGAAUUUAGUAAAAUCUAUGACGCGCUGGACAUCUCUUUAAUCGAGAGGGGAGAAUCCUUUUACCAGGACAGGAUGCCAGUUGUUGUGAAGGAGCUUGAGGAUAAAGGGUUUGUGCAGGUGGACGAGGGCAGGAAGAUAAUGUUUGUCCCGGGGUGCUCCGUACCCCUGACCGUCGUGAAGUCGGACGGGGGCUACACCUACGACACCUCGGACCUGGCUGCCAUCAAACAGAGGCUGCUGGAGGAGAAGGCGGACAUGAUCAUCUACGUGGUGGACAGCGGGCAGGCUGUGCACUUCCAGACGGUGUUUGCAGCUGCUCAGAUGAUGGGCUGGUACGACCCUCAGGUGACCCGCGUGACCCACGCCGGCUUCGGCGUGGUGCUUGGCGAGGACAAGAAGAAGUUUAAGACACGCUCCGGUGAAACGGUGCGCCUUACAGACCUUCUGGAGGAGGGGCUGAGGCGCUCCAUGGACAAGCUGAAGGAGAAGGAGCGGGACAAGGUCCUGACGCCCGAGGAGCUGCGGGCUGCGCAGAGCUCGGUGGCCUACGGCUGCAUCAAGUACUCGGACCUGUCCCACAACCGCCUCAACGACUACGUCUUCUCCUUCGACAAGAUGCUGGACGACCGCGGGAACACGGCCGCCUACCUGCUGUACGCCUUCACGCGCAUCCGGUCCAUCGCGCGCCUGGCCAACGUGGAUGAGCACACGCUCCAGAAGGCCGCCCUGGAGACCAAGAUCAGCCUGGAGCACGAGAAGGAGUGGCGGCUGGGCCGCUGCCUCCUGCGCUUCCCCGAGGUCCUGCAGAAGACGCUGGACGACCUGUUCCUGCACUCGCUGUGCGACUACCUCUACGAGCUGGCCACGACCUUCACCGACUUCUACGACAGCUGCUACUGCGUGGAGAAGGACCGGCAGACCGGCGCCGUACUGAAGGUAAACAUGUGGCGGUUACUGCUGUGCGAAGCCACGGCCACCGUCAUGGCCAAGGGCUUCGACAUCCUGGGCAUCAAGCCCGUGCAGAAGAUGUGAUCCUCCCGCCGGUGCUGGCUGCCUGGUCCUGAAACACAACAAUCAUGUAGAUAGAACUUAGCAAAGACUAUUUCUCAGCCAUCUAUGCAAAUGUAAUUCUUUCACAUCUAUUUCUAACAAUAAAAAGAAAAUCGACUUUCA